AUGAAUAAGGAAUACAAUGGGUUUGUGUUUAAAUCCAAAGAAAGCACUGGCCAGCGCGCCAGGGCCGAGCCUUCUGCAAAAAAGGAAAAGGAAAAGCCUGCAGGGCGCGCCAGAUCCGAGUCUGUUGGCUUUUCGUUCAGAAUGAAAAGCGGGGCUGCGUCCGCUGCCAAGCCAUGGGCUGCCGCCAAAAGCGCACGAAAGCCCGCAGAGGCAAGAGCUUCAAAGAGCGAGGAAAAAAAAGAGUCUGCACCAGAGAAGUUUGUUUUUAAGUUUGGGAUGGGCAGAGCCGUAAAGGCAUCCGAAAAACAGGCCCCCAGGAAGGAGGCGCCAGUAGAGGCCAAGCCUUCUGCAUCUGCCAGAGGCAAAAAGCUUGCAAAAAAGCCUGCAGCAAAGAAAAGCAUUUUGGCGAAAAAAGCGCAAGCCACGGCCUGCGAGGCCCAGAGCCUGGAUAAAGCGCUGCCGGCAGGGAGCAGAGAAAAAGCUGUGGAGUCUGCAGAGAUGCAGGUCGACCCCACCACUCCGAAAAGGCCUGAAACCACCCCUGAAGAAAUGCAUGCACUCCCAGAAGCGCCGGAGGGCGCAGAGAAGGAGCAGGCUCUUCGACAGAGAGGCGGCAGAGAGACCUUGGAGGGCGUGCGCCCGUCUGUGAUCAGGUCAAUCGAGACACAGAACGAGAAGGGCCUGGAGGCUCUGCCUGCAGAAAAUGGGGGCGCAGAGGAAGCUGGGCUGGGCAUGGCUGUCAGCAUUUCGCCCAUAAAAAGGCCCGGCAGCAGCACCUCUGUGCUUUCUGUGACGUCCGCAAACGGAAGCUCUCUGGACGCCAUUGCCAGCACGCCGCUGGUAAACAAAAAAAGAAUGACAAUUGGCCCAUACGACUUGCUGUCCCCUGUAAAAAUCCGCAGGCUGUCUCUCGACGUUUUUGACACGAAGAAGAAAUCAGUGUUUCAGACCCGAAGGGAAAGCCUGUUUGGGUACGACCAGCUGUACAGCGGAAGCGUGUCGCCCGAGGACUUCUAUCGGCACUCAAACGCCUCGCAGCCUGCAAAAACCCGGAUCAAGCAGGUGCUUCUGUGGAUUUCCAAAUAUAUAUCAAACGGGCACGUGUGUGUAGAGGGCGUGUCUCCUGAGGCUCUGCGGGAAAUAUGCGCAAUGUACAUGAAAAAAGUCGGCUCUCUUGUCAUACCGGAGAGGGAAAAGAAAAAAGAGAACGCACACAUAGUGGAGAACGCAAACACUGCAAUCCAGGCGCUUAGAAUGGAUAUGUGCAGGUCCAAUGCCGAAAUAGAAAAGUGGAAAACCAUUUACAGCAGCAUGCUGGCCCAGUACUCCAUCGCUGUUCCUCUGCACAUGCCGGAAGAAAGCCUGCGAAGACUAUCCAUUCGCCGGCAAAGCUUCAACGGGCUUGUGUCAUUCGACGCGACCGUGGUCGACGCGUCUCCCAUAGACAUCAAGCGAAUUUUAGCCAGAAAUCUGGAGGAGCUGCACAGCGCUCUCAACUCGUCCAGGUAUUUUAUGUUUCUCUCGCUGGAGUACACAAAAAGAGUCUGCGGAUCCCUGCUCGAGGCUUCGCAUCCUUUGGAUAAGUCUAAAGCCAACGCUCUUCUGCAUGUUCUCUGCCGAAUAUCUAGAAAGGCACGAGUGUAA